AUGCCGGGUCGCCCACCGAAGCGACCGGCCGAAGCUGGCGAUCCUGCUGCCACUUCUUCCGAUGGCGACGCCGCUCCAACAGCUGCCGCCAAGGUGAAGCUGCCGAGACUCGAAAAAGGCGGCCAGGAGGACUUCUCCUCCGUCGUCAAGAACCGCCUGUCAUCCUACACAAGGACUGGACAGGCUUGCGACAGGUGCAAAGUCAGGAAGAUACGUUGCGAUGCCCUUCCCGAAGGAUGCUCCCACUGCAUUAACCAGAACCUCGACUGCUACGUCACCGAUCGCGUCACCGGCCGUACCGAGCGAAGAGGCUACCUCCAAGAGCUCGAGAGGGAGAAGACGGACAUGCUGUCCCAUGUGCGCGAGCUCGAGAAGCUCCUCGAGAACAACGGCAUCGAGGUCAAGCCCUACAACUGGUCCCCCUACGGCGCCGGCUACCCGCCUCCCGGCGUCACCUAUGAUCACAUGGGCAACCCUAUCGAAGACCCUGCCGAGAAGGACGCCUGGACCAAGGUCGGCUCCCUCUGGGUCAAGAACUAUGCCUACAAGCCAGCCGCCAGUCGCUCGUUGCCCCGCUCCACCCUCGAAUCGCGUCCCGUCCAUAACCAUCUUGGUGUCGGCUCCGACAGUGCGCCUCUCAGCUCCAUUAAGGGUACUCAGCUGUCCAUCCUCGGCACCACCAUUGACGUUACAUCUUUUGACGCCCCCGAUAUCGACGAGCCCGCGCCCGACACCAAAGUCUCCCAGCCCCUCUACAACAAGUCGCUCCAGUCAUUUCUCCAGUCAUGCAUGAACAUUAAUCCUCACGUCGCCAUCGAGCUUCCCUCGCGAAGCGACGCCUUCACCUACUCAGAGUGGUAUUUCCUCAUGAUAUGGCCCUUCCUGCCAGUCCUGCACAAGCCAACCUUCAUGGACAUUCUGACCCGCAUGUACGAUGAACCCAACUUCGAGCCGACGGUCCCUGAUCUGGUCAUGGUCCACAUGGUUUUCGCCACAAUAUACUUCCAGUACGGCGUGCGGAAUUGGGAGCAGCAGGAGACGCGUUCUCAGCUCAACGAGCUGUCUAACAAGCAUUACCACUUCGCCCUGAGCAAGAUGUUCGACCUAGCCUCCUCACAGUCCGUAGCCGCCGUCCAGGCCAUGGCCAUGAUUUGCGCACACAGCCGCAGCUUUCCCAAACCCGGAUGCGGUUCCAUGAUUGUCAACUUUGCCUUCCACCGCGCCAUCGACUUGAACAUGCAUCGUGCCAUGAAGGUACCCGGCGACACGACCAAUCUGGAGAAUGAGAUCCGCAAGCGCACCUGGUGGACCAUCCUACUCGUCUACGUCACACUGAAUGGCCGCCUCGGAAGGCCCAUGCCCAUCACGGUCGAGGAGUACGACGUUGACUUCCCGGAGCCCAUUGCGGACGAGGCCCUGACCUCGGACGGCGUAGACCCCUCCGUCACAACGCCUUGCACGUAUCACGUCGGACUGGCUGGUUUCAAGAUCCUGCCCCUCUUUAUGGAGAUGUACUCCAACAUCUACAGUGUCAGACGUGACCCCAAAAACUACGUUGAUGUGGUCAACUCUCUCGAGGAACAGCUUCGUCUGUGGAAGGACAGCCUGCCCGAGGCUCUUCAGAUCAACCCCGGCCAGACGGAGCACGAAGGCCGUAUGUACGCCCUUUAUAUACAGAUGUACGCACUCGAGUUCCGUCUCUGCUUGCGUCAUCCGUCCGUGGCAAUGACCAGCGACCGAAAGAUUCUUCUCGAGAAUGCCCGCAUCUGCGAAGAGACUGCUGCACAUAUGCUCAAUGCCGUCAAGAGCCUGGUGAAGCUCAAGUCUCUCGACACGACAUGGUACCAGAUGGCCGUGUACGGUGCUGCCAUCUUUACCACCUUGGUUGCCCACUGGGAGCGGAGAUUCGAGGCUACGCCCAGCCAGAUCGCUAGCCUUCGCGAGGAGAUGAGAGACUGGAUGGAGAUCAUCAAUGCAACGGUUUCGCUGCUAGGGACUGGUGCUCGCAUCAGCAACGAAAUCAACUUGAUCAUUGAGAGGACCAUUAGUUGGAUCGAGCACGAUCAGAAGCAGAAAGACUCAUCACUUACCCCGGCGAUCAAGCCCGACCCGGUGGAAUCGUCGCCCUUCCAGCUUGCUUCACAGCACCCAACAACGCAAAGUAUGGCUGCCAGCGCCGUCGAGACGGCUGCGAAGGCUUUCUACCCGGAUUCUGCCAACUCAAACGAGACAACUCCGUACCCGUCCCUGGCCUACGCUGAGCAGCCAUCCAGCAAUAACAACGUGCCGUCGACGGCUGGCUUCGAGACCGACAACGGCUAUUCAUACACAUCUGCGGGGCAACCAACGAGCACGGCUGACGACAGCUCGGCCGAGACUAAUCCUCUGAUUGCCUUCGCCUCUCAGGCCACCCAACAUGUGGCGGACCCCGCGGGCUCUGCGGCGGCGGCCGAGCUCCUUUGGAGGCAGUCAGCAUCGCAAGGGAAUACCUGGCAUGACUGGACAGCGGCCAUGGCCGACAGCCAGGACAGAUACAGCGCCAACGCUCUGCUGACCCUGGGUGGCGCCUCUCGGGAUACAGGCUCGGUGACAGAGACAACAACCGUGGCCGACAUGACUGCCGUGUCAGCUCCGGCCGGCCAGUGGCCACUCAUUAUUUUCGACGGUGCAGCAAUACCCGGUGGUCAGUAG